AUGAAGUUCAAGCUUUUUAUCUUCAUGUUCUUUCUAUGUGCAAUAGUUCUCAUUUCUGUUAUGGCAAUAAGGCCAUUCAAAUCUGAAGAAUCCAAAGCAAACGUUUGGAUAGAUAGGAACAAAGGCUUGGGAAGAGCACAUAGUGAUGAUAUAGAUUGGGUUGGUUCAGGAACAUGGGGAGGUUGGGGAGGAUCCAAAGAAGAAGGUGGAGAAAGAGAAAACAACGGUUCUGGUUGGGAAGGAGCAGAAAAUGAAGCACCUGGAUGGGGAGGAGGAGAAGAAAACGAAGGAUCCAGUUGGGGAGGAGGAAAUGAAGGACCUGAGGAAGAUGGCAGAGGCUUUGAAAAUGGAGACCGUUAG